GUUUUUCGCUGAAUCGUAGGCUUGAUUACAUUGAUAAGCUGUCCUUAUUCGUAUGAAAUAAAAUUCUUAUUCUUUGGGAUUCGUAUUCUUAGUCAAAAUUAAAAUUUAGACAUUUUUUAUAGUGAUAACCUGCUUACAUAACCAUGGCUAGUCCUAGAACAUUGCGAACUCUAAAAGAUGUUAAGUUAAAGAAUGAAAACAAUCGUUGUUUUGAAUGUGAUAGCAGAAAUCCUCAAUGGGUUAGUGUAUCAUAUGGAAUUUGGAUAUGUUUAGAAUGCUCAGGAAAACAUAGAGGCCUUGGUGUCCAUUUAAGCUUUGUGCGCUCGACAACCAUGGACAAAUGGAAAGACGUGGAACUUGAAAAGAUGAAAGUUGGCGGGAAUCAAAAGUUUAGGGAGUUUUUAGAGGGUCAACCCGAUUACAAAGGAAGUUCUAUGAAUUUACAAGAAAAAUACAAUUCCAAUGCUGCCACUCUUUAUAGAGAUAAAAUAAAUUAUUUGGCACGAGGAAAUGAUGAAUGGGACGUGAAUGAAGCUAAGCAACGAAUCCAAGCUUCCAAAAAAUCCAAUAAAGAAACUACCUUUAAUAAUAUUUCAUCUUUUUCCAAUUCAUCAUACACCAAUGAUUCCUUUAAUAAUAACUGUCAAGGCGAUAACUUUAAAUCCAACCAAAGCUUCAAAAACAAUAAUCAAUCUUACGGGGGUUUUGGCUCCAAUUCCUAUGGUAGCAAUGACUCUAAUUUUACUCAGAAUAACUCCUCGAGAAAUUCUGCCUUUUUACGGGAAAACAAUUCGUCCUUGGUGGAUGGUGCUAUGUCAAGCAUAAACACGGGCUGGUCCUUGCUAAGCAACAACGCCUCGAAAAUCUUGGCCUACUCUUCCGAUAAGGUUGUAAAAAUUGGCUCUCAAACCGGUCAAAAAGCUUUUCAAUUAGGCACAAAUUUGAACGAAAUUUUGUCUUCAAAGGAUAAGAUGAAUGAAACUUUAACUGCCCAUACUAAUAAAUUCCUAGACCUUACAUCCAAAGCAACCAACCUAGCUAAAUCAGGAUUAAACGAAGCUUCUCAAUACCUAACCACUAAAUAUCGCGAUUUAAAUCAUCCUUCUUACCAAGACGUCGAUUUUGACAAUUACGACACGGCCAACUCGUUUGACGAUAACGAAAUUGAUUCUAAUCAUGCUUUUAAUCACACCAAUAACGAUUUUAGGACUAACGUAAAAAGCGAAUUGAGUAAUAAUGGUGGUAGCAGUAAUAAUAAAGCAAAAAAUUCUUAUGGUGGAAUAGAUAAUAGAACUGAAGAUGAUGAUUUUUUUGGAGGAUUUCAAUCAUUUCAAAAUCCGGUUUCCACUACUAAUGUCAAUAACGCGCAUAAAACGAAUUCUAAGGCUAACAACUAUAGUACUUCAGUUAAAAAAAAUAACGAUAAUUGGGAAGCUUGGUGACAAUACAGUCAGAUGGUGUUUAACUUGAUCAAAUUUUAAAAUCUUUGUCAAAAUAAACCCUCUAUUUAUUUAUAUAUAUUUCCAAUAAUGAUUUUGGUUGAGAUAUGAAGGCAUAUAUUUACUUAAUCUUUGAAUUAUAAACGUAAAUCCUCUAUGAAAAAUUUUUAAAUA